UGAUCUGAAGUCUAUAAAUAGGGGUCAGAAGCAGCAAUUAAUCAGUUUGUUCACAGCCUUCAAACGUUCGACCAGAGAUACAUUUGGAAAUAUUUCUAAGCCUUUUCAGAGUCACUGUGCACGGGCUCCAACAUGCCUCCACGAAAAGGCCAACAAAGACAAAAAGAUUAUGCUCCCUGUCCUUUGUGUUCUGGCCGGCCAAUCUCUCCAGGAGAAAUUGUGCGGCCAAUCUCUCCAGGAGAAAUUACCACGGAUGGUGUCUUAUCAGUCCAAAGAGCAUUACAGGAAAGUCAGAAGGAAAAAUCUGACCUACAUUACAAAAUUAAACAAAUUGAAGAAGAGAAGCUUCAACUAGAGGAAAAGUGCAGACAACUGGAAGCACGAAAUAAAGACCUGGAAGAAAAACAGCAACGCCAGCCUGAUAUAAAAAUGAUCAACGAGGGCUCGGGAGUGAAGUUUGAUGAAGGACGAGAGAAGAUUUUUUCUCGUUUUCUUUCAUCAGGAACACAGAGUGCUGAAUUAAAAGAAACAUCUGCCCAGCUUCAACGAAAGAAAGCUAAUAUUGAGGAGAUACAGUGGGAUCUCCAAAACAUUGAGAAACAGAAUCAGGUGCUUCGAGGAAAGCUCAAUGAAGCGGAGAAAACAAUUGAAAAAAUCCACCAACAGAAGACUGAACAGGAAAUACAAAUGCAGGACGAACUCAAAGCCAUGCAGAAAUUGUACAACAAUCUGAAAGUCAAGUGUGGUGAAACAAAGCGCAAAAAUAAAGAGCUUCUUGAAGAGAAAAAGCAACAGGAAGAAGAAAAACGUAUUAUCCAGGACUUUGAGAGAAGGCAUCUAGAAUUGCAAGAAUUUUAUAAUAAAGAAUAUGAGGAAACACUUCAACUGAAAAGAGAAAAGGAAAUACAAAUGAAGGACAAACUCAAAGCCACACGGAAAUUGUACAACAAUCUGAUAGUCAGGUUUGGUCAAAUAAAGCGCAAAAAUAAAGAGCUUCUUGAAGAAAAAAAGCAACAGGAAGAAGAACAACGUAUUAUCCAGGACUUUGAGAGAAGGAAUCUAGAAUUGCUAGAACUUUGUGAAACACCUGAACUGGAAAGAGAAAAGGAAAUACUGGAAAAACGAUGUUCAGAGAUGCAGCGUAGGAUUGAUGGAAUGAAGAGGAAACACUCAGCGGUCAUUAAGGAGAUGUUGUUGAAGUCCAGUGACUUGAAGAGCCAAAUAAUUGAAAUGCAGGCACAAAAGCAACAACAAGAGAAAAUGCAUGAAGACCUGCAGCGUACGAGUCAAGAAAUCCAGAGAAAAAAUGAGCUGUUAGAAGAGAUGCACAACAAAAAGCAAGAAAAGCUUAGAAAAAACAAGCAACCUUAAAAGAAAUGAAGCAAAGAUGCCAGCAACUCGAGCAGCAGAAUGCAGAAACAAACGAUCAGCUGAGAACCCUUAUCCUGGAGAAAGAGUUCAUGGAAAAAUACCUGAAAAAGAAGAAAAAAGGCUGGUUCUGCCGCUUAUUCAGAUGAUUUAGCCUCGUCCUCCUCCACCUGUGAUCCAUCUUACCUUGCACCUCUCC